CCCUCACCUCAUGCUUCACUUUCACUCUGUCUGGCAGCCUCCUUCUCCUCCUCCCCCUCAGCAGAAGCAGCAGCAGCAGGAGCGGGCUCUCAGAAAUGGAGAGCUGGUAGAGGCGCAGCAGCUGUUCCCGCCUCUUCUCUGUGGAUGUUGGAUGUCCUACCAUGUCUGCGCGGCUCCGGGCGGCUCUGUACCUCCUCCUCCUCUUCACCGCCUCCUGCCGGCUGUACGCUGCCGCCCGACACGGUUGUUUAUUUGAGAAGAAGCUCUGUCCCAGGGACCAGCUUUGCAGUGAUGAUGGCCUCUUCGGACAGUGCCAGGAUCCUCUCCAGGAGCCUGCCCGGUACCAAGUGUCAAUCCCAGUUCUCCGCAGGCUGCAGGAGGUCCUCAAGGACCUGAUGCUGCAGGGUCUGACCUGGAAGGAUGAUGUGACACAGAAGGUCAUCAGCCAAGAGCUGAGAAAUGUUCCCACCCUUCGCCCUAAACUCACUGACAACUUACCCAAAAAAGCUCCAGGAGACCCAGCAGACCCAGCGAUGAUGAAGCAGUACCUGGACUACAUGGUCCAGAGCUCUCCCCGCUCCUCAGUGCACAUGCAGAUGCCCCUAAUGGACUCCUAUUCCUACCAAAAGCAGCCACAGUUUGGUUACCAGAACGAUGAAGAACGCUCGCUUAAUUCCCUGGAUGAGAAUCCAUCCUUCAGUCGAUCUGGACCAGCAAGGAACUCCUUGGACCGGGACCGGCAGCUUCUGCAGGAUCUGCUGGUGUCUUACCUCACCGAGCCCUCCUCCUCGGCUUCAUCAUCCUCUUCCUCUCCCUCUCAGUCCCUGUCCCUUCACAGAGCACCGGUUGCAGCUGCUUCCUCCCUCUCUUCCUCCUCGCCCUUUUUUUCGGAUCUGGACUUCCCACUAGACUAUGGCGAGGAUUAUAUUUCCCAGGUUGCACAGUUCAGCAAGCAGGCUCCCCGGGAGCAGAUGGAGAAGAAGGUUCAGAAUGAGCACGACAUCCUGUCUGGACUAGACGAGCGCUCCCUGCAGAGGUUGGCUCUUUUGCUGGACCGCUACGGCCUAGACCUGAAAGAUCUGUCUGCAGAGAAGGAUGAGGGCCCCGCGGCUCUGAAGCAGCUGCAGCUGGACAGCUCCUACACCCAAAAUCCAAACAAAGUUAAAAAUGGUGUUGACGCCACAGGAAAGAAGGUUGGAGGAUCUGCUGUUACAGAAGGUUCCAUGUCCUAUAAAACGGUUGCCCAGACAAAGUUAGGCUCCGUGGGUGAACCAGACUCCAGCCAGAAAGAGGCCGCACCCUCUAAAGAUGAGAACCAGGGAGGAGCAGGUUACAUCAUCACCAACCAAAGCACAGCCGGAAAAGCCGUCGCCUUCGAUGUUCGACCAAACUCCAAGAACCUGACAGCAGCAGAUGCAGCCAACAAAGCAAGUAAGAUUGCUGAGAAGAACUUCCUGGCGUCUGACACAAGCUUAAAUGUUCUGCAGAGCAACAUUGGCGAGAAUGAUGGGAAGGCAUCGCCUCUGGCAACCAGAGUUAAGCCUGGUUCUCGCUGGCUCUUUUCCACCCUUGUGGCUAUGGCCUGCGUUAGCGGUAUCGUGGUAGCGGGAAUGACCAUCGCCUGCCUCCGCCACCACGCCCACCGGCUGGCAGCAAAGAAGCUGGGUCUGGGACCAGAGGGGGGGAGCUUCACCCAUCAGGAGUACCAGGACCUGUGUCGCCAGCACAUGGCCUCCAAAGGCGCCUUUGGGCGCCUGGAGGCUGCCGCUUUGGGUGCCGUGGGGGGAGCCAGCGGGGCAGGUGGUGGAGGAGGAGGAGGGGCAGGAGGAGGAGGAAUUGGAAUUGGGGCAGGAGGUGCUGUAGGAGGAGGUCCUGAUUCAAGGGUAAGCAGUGUUUCGUCCCAGUUCAGCGAUGGAGCCCAGCCCAGUCCCAGCUCCCACAGCAGCACGCCAUCCUGGUGCGAGGAGCCAGCACAGGCCAACAUGGACAUCUCCACCGGUCACAUGAUUCUGGCUUACAUGGAGGAUCACCUGAGGAAUAAAGACCGUCUGAUGAAGGAGUGGGAAGCUCUGUGCUCAUACCAAGCCGAACCCAGCACAGUCUCUGUGGCUCAGAGUGAAGCUAACGCCAAGAAGAACCGCAUCCCUGAUUCUGUACCCUAUGAUCACUCCAGAGUGAAGCUGAAAGCAGAGAUCAACCCCUCACGGUCAGACUACAUUAAUGCCAGCACCAUUAUUGAACAUGACCCCCGCAUGCCGGCUUACAUCGCCACGCAGGGACCUCUGUCUCAUACCAUCUCUGACUUCUGGCAGAUGGUGUGGGAGAACGGCUGCACGGUCAUCGUGAUGAUGACCGCUCUGGUUGAGGAUGGAGAGAAGCAGUGCGAUCGUUACUGGCCUGAUGAAGGCUCGUCCCUCUACCACAUCUAUGAGGUGAACUUGGUGUCUGAGCACAUCUGGUGUAAUGACUUCUUGGUGCGCAGCUUUUACUUAAAGAAUGUUCAGACCCAGGAAACACGCACCCUCACACAGUUCCACUUCCUGAGCUGGCCGGCACAAGGCAUUCCAACCUCCACCCGCCCCCUCCUGGACUUCCGCAGAAAGGUGAAUAAGUGCUACAGAGGCCGAUCCUGCCCCAUCAUUGUGCACUGCAGUGAUGGUACAGGCCGGACCGGGACAUACAUCCUGAUUGACAUGGUUUUGAACCGCAUGGCUAAAGGUGUAAAAGAGAUUGACAUUGCUGCAACAUUGGAGCACGUGCGGGACCAGAGACCUGGGAUGGUGCGCACCAAGGACCAGUUUGAGUUUGCUCUGACUGCAGUGGCUGAGGAGGUGAACGCCAUCCUCAAAGCUCUACCCCAGUGAACCCGCAAUCCAGACUUGCUCCUGUGAGGCGGACUGAACCAUAACGUGCCCACCAUUCAUUGAUCUUUCCUCCUCUGUACACGGAUGACAAGUGAUGCCUCCUCCUGCAUGUCACCUAAACUUCAAAUCAAAGUGGUGAAAAAAAAUAUAUACAGAUCAGGAAGAGUUUGGAGAAUUCUGAAGAAAGUGUUGGUUUAUGAAGUUUGCAAAUCAAAUUGGGAGUUAAAAUUCUACUGCCUCCUAAUUUAAAAAAACAUUUACAUGCUUUCUGUGUACCAUUGAAGCAUUUUCAGUCUCUGGGUAUGUCAUGUUUACCUCAUGCAAGAUAAAAAAAACUUGAAAAAAAAGCUUAAUUUGUAUUUGUGACAGCUAAAAUAAAUCUUUUGGUGUUAAAGUGCUGCAACAAUAA